UUUUCACUUCACAGUAAAUCUCCAACAUGGAAGCUCAGGCACCUUUCUCCCGCGAGGAAAUCAACAGCACGGUGUGGGAAGUCCCGGAGAAAUACACACGACUCAAGCAGAUCGGGACGGGAGCGUACGGCUCGGUGUGUUCAUCAAUAAAUGAGAAGACUAAAGAGAAAGUAGCCAUCAAGAAGCUCCACAGGCCGUUCCAGUCGGAGAUCUUUGCCAAGAGGGCCUACCGGGAGCUCCGACUGCUCAAACACAUGAAGCAUGAAAAUGUGAUAGGACUUCUUGAUGUGUUUACGCCAGCCUCAAGUCUCGACGACUUCCAGGACUUCUACCUGGUGAUGCCUUACAUGUUUACUGACCUGUCGAAGGUGCGAGGCUGCCUCUCAGAAGACAGAGUCCAGUUUCUCGUCUACCAGAUGCUCUGUGGGCUGCGGUACAUUCACAAGGCUGGCAUCAUCCACAGGGACCUUAAACCUGGAAACCUGGCUGUGAACCAAGACUGCGAGCUGAAGAUCCUGGACUUCGGGCUGGCUCGCAGCACUGACGCAGAGAUGACAGGCUACGUGGUGACCCGUUGGUACCGGGCGCCUGAGGUCAUUCUGAACUGGAUGCACUACACCCAGACUGUGGAUAUCUGGUCUGUGGGGUGUAUCAUGGCAGAAAUGAUCAAUGGAAAAACCCUUUUCAAAGGGAAAGACUACAUGGACCAGCUGAGUCAGAUCAUGAAAGUGACUGGAGUACCUGGAUCAGAAUUCAUAAAGAAGCUGGACAGUCCAGAGGCCAGGAGUUACAUCAAGUCCCUCCCUCGCUUUCCAAGAAAGGACUUCUCGUCGCUGUUCCCCACAGCCAGCGCUCAGGCUAUCGACGUGCUGGAGAAGAUGCUGGUUCUGGAUGGAGACGUGAGGCCCACAGCUGAACUGGCUCUGGAGCACCCGUACUUUGACAGCUUGAGGGACCCAGAGGACACCCGGGAGCCCGAGCCGUACGACGACAGCCACGACAAUGACACACUGAGUCUGGAUGAGUGGAAGCGGUUAUGUUUCAAGGAGGUGAAAAGCUUUGUGCCGUUCCCGCGACGAGACUCGAAGAGGAAAAACACUCUCACUAUGUCUCAGUGAUCCGUCAGACACCGUGUAACUACUGAUGCCCCCAAACCAACACAGUAUACAGCCAAUGGUGCCCUUGCGUUUUCUACCCACGGAUUCAGACUUUUUCUUUUACACUGGAUAUGUUUAGAUUUUGAAUCAGUGUUCGAAAACAGGUCUUGAACAAUUAUAUCCUAAAUGUAGACUGCCGGUCAUCUGCCUGCAUUCCCUAUUAGUGUCUUGCAUAGAUUUAUUGUGACCAAAUGUCACAGGAUUUACUGUAAGCCUUACUGUAUAAUGGUAUUUUUCCAUGAAAGGAUACCUUUAGUGGAGUGGAUUUUUGCAAUAAAUAGUAAACGAUGCUGGGUAACUGUCCAAAGAAAUGCCACAUUGCAUUAUGUAGUGCAAUCCCACACAGUUUGAUUUUUGUUGAAUGCAUGCAUGCAGCCACUCCUUAACCAACUAAUACACUAUGUCAUUGAAUUUAGCUCUGUGUCAUGGUGAAAAUUGCAUCUGCAAAGACAUUUUUUUUCUUUUAUUAGAAGACCAGCCGGUGACCAGCACUCUCUCUCAGUACAGUGAAAAUGAUUGAAGCCCUCACAGCUCUCAGUGGUUCAGGGCCCUGUAAAGAUUACCAGUAAUGUUUGUGUAUAGUGCUGUGAGCAAUGAAUCCUUAUACUCCCAUUUCUUGCUUAUGUCAUUUUGUGAUUACAUACCAUAUCAACACUAAUGCAUUAUUUGACUCUCGUACACAAUGUUGUACCCCAAGACUGGUGUGGCUAUGUUAAAUCUGUAUUAGCAUUUGCUUACUACUUGACUGGCUGGGUACUUUCAGGGGUUGAUGUAUGAUGUGCAGUGUUGGAUGGACACCAUUAAUGGGGGUGGGAGGGGAAAUUCUAUCAAAAUCUAUUGUUUAUGAGGGUUGGGAUUAGACUUGUUGCUGCCCAGGAGAGAUUUUGACCGCAUAAUACCUUAAAAUAUAUUAGUCUGUUGCCUUUGCCUUCUCUGAGUGAAUGAGUGAGUGUGUGUACACAUAUUUAUGUGAACAUAAAUAAAUAGUUCAACUUAUGCUUGUGUGCGUGCAUGUGUACAUGGAGUCAGCAAUGUGCUUCAAGGCAUCCGGAUGAGGCCACAUGGUCACACCUGAGAAAUGCUCCGUCCACUUUUGC